GUCCAUUUGUGUCCUACUACUAAUGACUUACUCUUCUUGGCAGACAAGAAUAAUGUCUUGCUCCAUUGUUGAAAAAACUCUUUAUCUCAUUCUAUCCCAAGACCCAAUUUUGAAAGUGGUGGGUGCUCGUGAUAUUCGACGGCUCACUAAGAGUUCUUUACGUUACCGGCGUCUUUUUUCUGACGCCGUUAAACCACUUGUUGAUAUGCUUCGUUCAACGUCGUUUGAAACCAAUGAAGCUGCUCUCCUUGCACUCCUCAAUCUCUCAGUUAAAGAUGAAGGGAACAAGAAAAGUAUCAUAGAUGCUGGUGCAUUGGAACCCAUAGUCGGCUUUCUUCAAUCAAAUAAUCCAACUCUACAGGAGCAUGCAACUGCUUCAUUACUCACAUUAUCAGCAUCUUCCGUCACAAAGCCGACCCUUGCUUCUUUCGGUGUCAUCCCUCUACUAGUGAAUAUUCUAAGACGUGGUACCCCACAAGCCAAGGUCGACGCUAUAAUGACUCUAUACAAUCUUUCAACUUCUCAAGGAAAUUUAACGUUGAUCCUUCAAACAGAACCGAUUCCUUCUAUAGUUUCACUGCUUAAAUCUUGUAAAAAGUCUUCAAAAACUGCUGAAAAAUGUACCGCUCUUAUAGAAUCUUUAAUGAGUUACGAAGCAAGUAGGGAAGUGUUGACAUCUGAAGAAGGAGGAAUACUUGCGAUAGUUGAAGUUCUUGAAAUUGGAUCUUUACAAAGCCGUGAACAUGCUGUAGGAGCUCUGUUGAUAAUGUGUCAAAGUGAUCGAUGUAAAUACCGGGAACCAAUUCUUAGAGAAGGUGUGAUUCCCGGACUUCUUGAGCUGACUGUUAAAGGGACAGAUAAGGCUAAAGAAAAGUCACAAACACUUUUAAGGCUUCUGAGAGAUAGUCCUUAUCAAAGGUCUCAAUUUCGACCUGAUACAUUGGAGAACAUUGUUUUGAAUCUUAUAUCUCAGAUAGAUGGCAAGGAGCAAAGUGGAAACGCGCAGGGGUUGCUUGCUGAAGUGAUGCAAGUUAGUAUGGAUCAAAGUUUGAGACUUUUACAACAAAGGGCAAUGGUUUGUGCUCCGGUUGAUUUGUCUGUUUCCGGUGGUAUCUCCACGAUCUCUUCAACAUGAUACGGUUUGGUAUAUUAGAAGUUUCUCUCAUUUCAUCCUGCAAUCGUGUUACUGUGUUGAGGUCAAUUUUUUGUGCUCGGAAAAUUAUUAGUUAUAUUAAUUAGACAAUGCCAGUUCAAUUAUUGUUAUUGAACUGAGACGGGCUUAAAUGGAGUGACAUGAACAGUGCGGAUUCAUAUAGCUAACUCCAACCUGUUUCGGAAUAAGGCGUUGUUGUUGUUAGACAAUGUCAGUCCAGGCCCUUCUAGGAGCUAGGCGACUGGCUAAUGUAAAAGUUUUGGAGAAUUAGAAUUUUAGUUUUUUGAAGUUGGUCUUUGUAUAUUUUUGUACACAAACUUUGAAGGUUAUACAAAUAGUUAAGGCUCCAAUUCUCCUUAACAUGAUACAGUUUGGUAUAUUAGAAUGCACACUUUAUUUGUCUC